GGCGGGGCCGGCGCCAUGGCCGAGCGGGGCCGCCUGGGCCUGGCCGGCGCGCCCGCCGCGCUCAACACGCCCGUGCCCAUGAACCUGUUCGCCACCUGGGAGGUGGACGGCUCCAGCCCCAGCUGCGUGCCCAGGGGUUCCCAGCCUCAGUGAUGAAGGCCACCCUGGCCCCCUGUGCUGGCCAGCAGAGACACUGAGAUGGCACCGCUGACCUUGCCUCUUGAUCAGCAGGAAGCAACCAUGUCCUGAUAAGUCUCAAACACCAGAGAAAGUGUGCUCGGAGGUUGUGCAGCCUGACUUUGAAGAAGCUGGUGGUGUUCAAGGAGCUGGAGAAGGAGCUCAUCUCGGUGGUGAUUGCCGUCAAGAUGCAGGGCUCCAAACGGAUCCUGCGGUCCCAUGAGAUUGUGCUGCCCCCCAGUGGACAAGUGGAGACCGACCUGGCGCUGACCUUCUCACUGCAGUACCCUCACUUCUUGAAGAGAGAAGGCAACAAGCUCCAGAUCAUGCUGCAGCGGAGAAAGCGCUACAAAAACCGAACCAUCUUGGGCUACAAAACGCUGGCGGCCGGCUCCAUCAACAUGGCCGAGGUGAUGCAGCACCCCUCCGAGGGCGGCCAGGUGCUCAGCCUCUGCAGCGGCAUCAAGGAGGCCUCCGUCAAGGUGGCCGAGAUUUGGAUCUUCUCCCUGUCCAGCCAGCCCAUUGACCACGAGGACAGCGCCAUGCAGGCAGGGCCCAAGGCCAAGUCCGCGGAUAACUACUCUGAGGAGGAGUAUGAGAGCUUCUCCUCUGAGCAGGAGGCCAGUGACGAUGCCGUACAAGGGCAGGACUUGGACGAGGAGGACUUCGAUGUGGGGAAACCCAAGAAGCAGCGGCGAUCGAUAGUAAGAACGGCGUCCAUGACCAGGCAACAAAACUUCAAGCAGAAGGUCGUGGCGUUGCUGCGGCGGUUCAAAGUGUCGGACGAGGUCCUGGAUUCAGAGCAGGACCCUGCAGAACACGUCCCCGAGGCGGAGGAGGACCUGGACCUUCUGUACGACACGCUGGACAUGGAGAACCCCAGCGACAGUGGCCCGGACCUGGAGGAUGACGACAGCGUCCUCAGCACCCCCAAGCCGAAGCUCCGGCCCUACUUCGAAGGGCUGUCACACUCCAGCUCGCAGACGGAAAUUGGGAGUAUCCACAGCGUCCGGAGCCACAAGGAGCCUCCGAGUCCGGCGGACGUGCCCGAGAAGACUCGGGCCCUGGGAGGCAAGCAGCCAAGCGACAGCAUCUCGGACACGGUGACCCACAGCACACCCGCCCCCGGGGAGCAGCCCGCACAGCCCGAGGACAGCCCGGAGGUGGAAACCUCCACUCUGGACGUGUUCACCGAGAAGCUGCCGCCCAGCGGGCGCAUCACCAAGACGGAGUCCCUCGUCAUCCCGUCCACCAGGUCCGAGGGAAAGCAGGCUGGCCGCCGGGGCCGGAGCACGUCCCUGAAGGAGCGGCAGCCCACUAGGCCACAGAAUGAACGAGCCAACAGUCUGGACAAUGAGCGCUGCCCGGACACAAGGAGCCAGCUGCAGAUCCCCAGGAAGACCGUGUAUGACCAGUUAAACCACAUCCUCAUCUCUGAUGACCAGCUCCCUGAAAACAUCAUUCUCGUCAACACCUCUGACUGGCAGGGGCAGUUCCUGUCGGAGGUCCUGCAGAGGCACACGCUGCCCGUGGUGUGCACGUGCUCCGCGGCUGAUGUCCAGGCAGCUUUCAGCACCAUCGUCUCGAGGAUACAGAGAUACUGCAACUGCAACUCCCAGCCGCCGCCGCCCGUGAAGAUCGCCGUGGCAGGAGCGCAGCAUUACCUCAGCGCCGUCCUGCGGCUCUUCGUGGAGCAGCUGUCCCACAAGACCCCCGACUGGCUGGGCUACAUGCGCUUUCUCGUCAUCCCGCUGGGCUCCCACCCCGUGGCCAGGUACCUGGGCUCCGUGGACUACCGCUACAACAACUUCUUCCAGGACCUGGCCUGGAGAGACCUGUUCAACAAGCUGGAGGCCCAGAGCACCGCGCAGGACACGCCCGACAUCGUGUCGAGGAUCACACAGUACAUCGCAGGUGCCAACUGUGCCUACCAGCUGCCCAUCGCGGAGGCCAUGCUGACCUACAAGCAGAAGAGGAAAAAGAACUUUCAUUUUGACUUUACCCUCAGUCCUGAUGAAGAGUCCUCUCAGAAGUUCAUUCCCUUCGUAGGGGUGGUGAAAGUUGGAAUAGUGGAACCGUCCUCAGCCACAUCAGGUGACUCAGAUGACGCAGCCCCCUCGGGCUCCAGCGUGCUCUCGUCCACCCCACCGUCCACGUCUCCCGCAGCCAAGGAGGCCUCACCCACCCCGCCUUCCUCCCCGUCGGUGAGCGGGGGCCUGUCCUCCCCCAGCCAGGGCGUCGGCGCCGAGCUGAUGGGGCUGCAGGUGGAUUACUGGACGGCAGCCCCGCCUGCAGACAGGAAGAGAGAGGUGGAGAAGAAGGACCUGCCCGCCACCAAAAACACGCUCAAGUGCACCUUCCGGUCUCUCCAGGUCAGCAGGCUGCCCAGCAGUGGCGAGGCCGCGGCCACGCCCACCAUGUCCAUGACCGUGGUCACCAAGGAGAAGAACAAGAAGGUGAUGUUUCUGCCCAAGAAAACCAAGGACAAGGACGUGGAGUCCAAGAGCCAGUGUAUUGAGGGCAUCAGCCGUCUGAUCUGCACAGCCAAGCACCAGCAGAACAUGCUGAGGGUCCUCAUCGACGGUGUGGAGUGGAACGACGUCAAGUUCUUCCAGCUGGCGGCCCAGUGGUCUUCCCACGUGAAGCACUUCCCCAUCUGCAUCUUCGGACACUCCAAGUCCACCUGCUAGCCCUGCCCCGAAGCCCUGGACGGCGAGCGCCGGGAGGGCCCAGCUGCUUUUCUGUUAACAUUUCAGUUUACUACAGAGACCCUUAAAAACACAAAGAGAAACAGUCUUAAGUAUGAAUGUGCUCUCAACCUGGACACUCAUGGGGAGGCUCCCCCACCUCGGAGCCCGUUCCCGGCUCUGCGCAUGACCCAGGUGUGCCGUCGGGGUGGGAGGUCAGGCGGACAGCACUGAGCUUUGAGAAUCACAGAAGGUGUGUUGGCCUCAGGACCUCUCGAGCCCCCCAGCAAGAAGGGUCCUCACCUUUGCGUCCUGUCCUUCCUGAAAGCCAGGACUCUGCUUCCUCAGGGAGCUGGGGUCAGGCGGGUGGCCGCACAGACCCGCGGGCUGCCCGUGUGCCCAGACACACAGCUGGGUGGCCGGUGGCUGAAGGCCUCCUGUGGGGGCGCCCUGAGCAGCACAUGGAGGCGGGGCAGCCCGGGCCCAGCCGCCCAGCCGCCAACAGACGCCCAGCGCCGCCCAGUGUGGUUCCCAAUAAACUCCAGCCUCGCGGGGCAGCGGCGGUUUUA